AGCGACAGUUUGGUCACACUUGGAUCCGGCCACAAAAUGACUGUAAUAGAUUUCAUAGAUCUGAGUGAUCAUGAUAUUAUUGACUUGAGCAGCAGCGAUGACGAGACUGUUCAGGAGGAUCAUAUUGCAACUCAGCACCGGGCGGCGUCGCUUGAUAGGCAGACUAUGCAUGUCGUAGCUGGUGAAGGAAUCCAAGAUGUGCAGGCUGUGUUUGUUGCAGCUAGUGAAGGAAGGCAAGAUCUGCAGGUUGUGUUUGCUGCCGCUAGUGAAGGAAGACAAGAGUCUGCUGAUUGCAGACAUGCUUUGGAAGCCACCACAUCGUCCUUGGUUACGGAAAAAGAACCUCUUCUUGUAGCUAGUGAAGGAAGCCAAGAUGUGCAAGUUGUGCUUGUUGCAGCUCGUGAAGGAAGCCAAGAUGUGCAGGCUGCUAGUGAAGGAAGCCAAGAUGUGAAGGUUGUGCUUGUUGCAGCUACUGAAGGAAGUCAAGAAGCUGCUGACUCUGGAAAUGGUUUGGAAGCUACAGCGUCGCCUUUGGUUACUGAAAAAGCACCUCUUGAUAUGGCUGAAUCGCACAACUGUCCUCGCACUCCCACAUCAGCGCCAUUCCCCAUUCUGAAGGCUCCGACCUUUGAAGGUGGCGAUGCAAAGAUGGUAAGAGGGAAGGUGAAGCGUCCCAGGAAGAACUACCACACCGGUACUCCUAGGACAAGUCCUAGGUUUGAACUGAAGCCUGAAUGUCGGAACGGGCCUCUGGAAGAGCUGCCAGCCGAGGCACUGACCUCUGAAGGUGGCGACGCGGAGCUGGUGAGAGAGAAGAUGCAACAUCCUGGGAAGGAUUACCAUACCGGCACUCCUGGGACAAGUCCUAGGUUUGAACCGAAGCGUGAAUGUCAUAACGGGUCUGUGGAAGAGCUGCCAGCCGAGGCUCUGACCUCUGAAGGUGGCUAUCAAUGCACUGUAAUUUUACGUUCCGUAAGUUUUGUUCUAUUUACGACGUAA